UGUGGGGGAUGGAGUCAGGACAUUGUCUUUCAAAUCUGCAGUAACACUCAUUCAUAAAGCCUCUACAAACUCAUGCAGAGUCAUUAGCUGAGAUCUUAUGUUGGAGUCUCUCAGAGUACAGUCGUUUAGCUUCUCUCACCGCCUUGCUAAACCUGUAUUUUGACUCUGUGUCUUUGUCCCCACUCCUAAAUGCCUGAUCCUUCUGCAGACAUAGUUUUCUGAGUUCCGCUGUGAACCAGGGUUUGUCGUCGUUAUAACUCACCCUGGUGCAUGAUGGUACACAGCUGUGCUAACAGAAGCCGAUGUAAGAAGUUACAGCGUCUGUGAACUCAUCCAGAUUGUCAGAAGCAGUCCUGAAAACAUCCCAGUCUGUGCACGCCAAAGAUCUUCUAGAGCCUCGCUGGUCCACUUCUUGGAUUCCCUCCCCACAGGUUUGCAGAAUUUAGUUUCUGCCUGUAUGCGGGAAUCAGGUGGACCAUGAUGUGGGCUGAGUGUCCCAGCACAGCACGAGGGACGGCGUGAUAAGCCCUGCUUACUGUAGUGCAGCAGUGAUCCAGCGUGUUCUCCUCUCUGGUCGGGCAUUUAAUAAACUGUUUGAACUUAGGGACUUCAUGGCCGAGGUUUCCUUUGUUAAAGUUUCCGAGGACAAUAACCAAGGAGUCCGGGUUGGUCCGCUCCACACGGCAUAUCAGGUGGCGAGUGUCUGCUGUGCCUCGUGCACGUUGCCCGCCGGUGGAAUGUAAAUACUGACCAGGAUGAAUGAAGCUAACUCACGGGGGGAGUAGAAGGGUUUGCAGUUAAUGAUAAAAGAUUCCAGAAGAGGAGAACAGUGUUGGAUCACUGUUACGUCGUUGCACCAGCUGUUGUUGAGGUAGAAGCAGAUUCCUCCACCCUCCACCCUUCGUCUUUCCGAAGAGCUCUGAGCAGCUGGAGCGCAGAGUCCGGUAUCAAUCCACAGAGCCACGUCUCCGUGAAACACAAAACGAAGGAUGAAGAAAAGUCUCUGUCUCUUCUCACCAGCAGCCGAAGUUCGUCCAGUUUGUUGCACAGUGAGCGCACGUUGGAGAGAAAGAUGCCUGGCAGCGGUGUGCGAGAACCAGAAUGUGACUAGAAUGUCCAGUAAUUCCACAGAGGAAAGAAGAGGAGUUGGAAAUAACUCUGGAGUUGUUCCAUGGAUGUUCAAGAGCUCAUUUCUGGUGAAAAAGCUCUGGGAAUCGCAACGACAAAAACAACACAAAACAAAGAGGACCGAAACACAGAGGCAGCCGUCUGCGACGCCAUCUUGGAACAUGGGCCAUCUUGGAACAUGUGAAUUCAUAUGUGAUAUGAAUUCAUAAUGAAGACGGCUUUUCAUUGCAGUAUGAAGUGUCUUGACCCUCGGCUGGUUCCCAAGUUAUAGCGAAGGAGCCUAUGUAUCUGCAGCCGGAUGCUCUGUGAAACUCAGCACUGACUGACAUCCCCGAGAAAGCGGUGCCACCUUCCUACACAUGGAACGGCAGAUUGCAAAGUUGACAGGAAGUCAUCAGCACUUGUUCCCUCCACUGCCAAUUGCAUUGUUCUGAUUUAGGUUUCUUACAGGGGGAAAUGUGGGUCAAAAAAAGGUUUUCUAACAGCAGGCGGUAUUCACUAAAAAGAUUUAAUAAACCAACUAAGUUCUAGUUUUCCUGAGCAGAGCAAAGUAGAUGCACAACUUAAUGAAAGGGAAGUUAAUCAUGGUAUUUAGCCAAUGAAAAACCCCUCAAGCUUCCAAAUGUCAACUCGUGUUUUUUUAUUAACAACUAAGGUAAUUACUGUGGGCAGCGCGAGCAACCAUGUUUUAUGUGUUAGUGGAAGGAUUCCUGUUUAAUCUAAACUGAUCUAGGCAUAUUUGAUGAGAGUUUUGAUAAGAUCUACUGCUACUGAUGAGAUGGCAAAAAAAAGUCAGAAACGAUCACUGUAUUUGAUGGCUAAUAUCUACUAGUCUAUCUAGUUUAGAGCCUCCGGAGGAUUCCUCCAGCAUGUCUUCUGUUGGUGUGAAUAAUGGUAGAGAAAAAAAAAGGGAUGGGGGUCUCGGCACGGCAUCAAAGACCAGCUACGGUCCAGGAGGGUAUGGUGACUCAAAGAGAGGAUCGUGCACCACUGUCCUUCACUCAGCUCUGAAAGAGAAGAAGAGCAUGAGCACGGCCAUGGCAGGCGCUCACUCAGUUGUCGACGUUUCAAGCAGAAACUCAUCUCCAGAGUACAGCAGGAAGGAGUACGGCCCUUCAAGUGCAACCUCAAGUAGUGCCACCAGAGGGAGAACUCAGAGCAGAGAGAGUGAGAUCAGAGCCAGGCUUCAGAGCGCUUCUCCACCAGGGAGCUGGACGGAGCUGGAUGACGUGAAACGUCUGCUGAGAAGAAACCACACUAGCCCCCCUCAGUCCCCUAACAACACGCUGCCCAUCCCCAAGAAGGCCAGUGUGGAAACUAGGACCAUGUCGGAGAGCAGCGGCGCAGAUCAGUAUGGCAACAGUGGAGGUAUGAGCAGUAGCUACAGUUACAACACCAACCACAACCUGUCUUCUCUCACCACCCUCCACCCAUCAGUGAGACCCAGCCGUCCCUUUAACGACAACAAAGUUACUAAGUUUGUGGUGAUAGAGAAGGAGAACGUUCCCGUCAAAAAGGAGACAGAGCGCCUGGUGAUGACCAAAGACACAGGGAAGCAGUUCAUGUCUGCUCAGCCUGCUCUGACUUCUGGUAACGCUUCAACCAUGAAAGUUGCCACAAAAGACAAAGCCACCUAUGCAGAGAUCAUUACUGACGAGUCAGGCUUUAGCUUCUGCUUCCACUGCAGCUGGUGGAAGUGGCUGCUCAACCUGCUGCUCCUCCUCAGCCUCCUCUUUGGACUCAUCGCUUUGGGUGAAGAUUUGAAACGGUACAAGAACCGCCUUGAUGCUCUUGAAGCCAUUACUGGCACUGCCUCAGCCAGGUCCAGCCGACUGUUGGACUCCUCGGCCGUCAACAUCAUCGAUCCACUGGACGCUUCAUACAUCGGCAGCAAUUCUGCCGCCCUGCAGAUAGCCGUUGAGCGGCUGGUCAAGGCCGAACUCCGGUCGGAUGCUGUAAGAGAAACACUUGCAUACUCGCUUAAAGGGGAGAAAGGAGAUCCUGGACCUAAAGGUGAUCCGGGGCAGCUAGGACUAAAAGGUGAUAAUGGAUUUCCCGGCCAGUCAGGCCCCCCUGGGCAGAUGGGACAUCCAGGAUUGGAUGGACCAAGAGGACCAAAGGGAAGUGGAGGUGAAGCAGGUGCCGAGGGACCACCAGGACAGAGGGGGCGGGACGGGCCAACGGGCCCCCGGGGAGAGGUUGGACCACAAGGCUUUGGAGUGAAAGGAGACAAAGGAUCUCAAGGCGAGGCAGGACGUCCGGGUCUUGCUGGUGCUGCUGGUCUUGUGGGGCCAAAAGGUCCAAUGGGAGAGCAAGGUUCCUCAGGAAGCCCCGGAGCUCCAGGUCCAAAGGGUUUCCCGGGUGAGACAGGAGCACCAGGCCCUAAAGGUGAUGAAGGAACACCAGGGCUUACAGGAAACAAAGGAGAACAAGGAGAGAGGGGACCACGUGGCGACACAGGUUCGAUGGGACUUCCUGGAGUAAGGGGACAGCCAGGACCUCCUGGAGAUGUUGGUCCACCAGGUCAACCAGGGUCCCCUGGUAAUGUCAUCGCUCCAAUUGGUUCCAAUACUGUGGCAAUACCCGGAGCCCCUGGGCCUGCUGGGCCUGCUGGGCCUGCUGGGCCAGCUGGGCCUGCUGGACCUCCAGGUCCUGCUGGAACCCAUGGUCUGUCUGGUCCUGUUGGCCCCGCUGGUAUCCCAGGACAACCUGGACCUAAGGGAGAACAAGGAGAGAAAGGAACAGGAAUUGGUAUACCUGGACCCAAAGGAGAGAAAGGAGAACCUGGCAGCUUUGUGGCAACCUCAGAAACCUUUUUUGCUGGACCCCCAGGACCCCCUGGACCGCAGGGUCCAGCAGGAGUCAAAGGGCCACAGGGUUACCAAGGUGAACCAGGUCAACCGGGCCUUCCAGGGAGUCCAGGGGAACCAGGGGUUGGUGUCCCAGGUCAGCCAGGACCCAUGGGGCCUCGGGGCCCAACGGGCCCUGAGGGGCCACAAGGACCUCAAGGUUAUGGAGGACCCCCUGGUGCCCCAGGAGUCCCUGUGCUCAACAAUGGUGGUUCAUCCAGCCCUGGAGCCCCAGGCCCACCUGGACAACCUGGACCACCUGGAUCACCCGGAAGAGACGGAAGUGGGUCUGGAUCAACUGACGUUGGCCAGUACAUAGCAGAUUACCUUCAGAGUGAUGGUAUCAGGCAGUACCUGGCUGGACCUCCUGGACCUGCUGGUCCUCCAGGAUCCCCAGGGACUGCAGUGGAUGACUUGGCCAACCAAGUUAUUGCCUACAUCCAGGGUUCAGGUAGAGGAUAUGAUGGGACGCCUGGUCCUCCCGGUCCUCCAGGUCCACCCGGCUCCAUCUCUGUUAAUGAUGUUAUCAACAUAUUACAACGAGAGGACAUGAGGAGAUACAUGGCUGGUACUCCUGGUCCACCAGGACCUCCUGGAGCUCCAUGCCCAAGCAGCUAUGGAUUAAGCACCCAGGAGGUAGCUGAACGAGUCCUUGCCAUCAUGAAAGGGGUCCAUCAGGGGCCUCCUCGUUGCCCCGGUAUCCCGUGUCCAGCUGGACCAGCAGGUCCAAUUAGCCCAUCCAGAUUUGGGAACCACAUCAGUUCAGACAUUCGUGACUACCUGCAUAGUGUUGCCUUCAGAAACCAACCAGUCCACCAUGGUCCCCAUGGACCCGAGGGUACCCGUGGUCGAUAUCCAAACGGAGAGACGCUGAAAGCAGAACCACAACAUUAUACCAAGAGGCACGGUCUAAGAGAAACUUUGUUUGGUCUUCCUGGAACCUCAGGAUACAAGGGAGAGCCUAGUGUGGCUGGUUCCAGAGACAGACACUUGGAUACUGAAGACUACACCCAUAUGGCUAUCAAAGUAACUGAUUACAUCAAAUCCCACGGCCUCCUACAAGACAUUGUGAGGGAAUACAGCAGUCGUGUGUUCCAAGGACCCCCAGGACCGCCUGGACCCACGGGGCCACCUGGAGACAGCCGGUGGUUUGGUUCCCAUGGAAACGCCACAGAUCUGCUGGAAUACAUCAGAUAUCACGGUCUGCUGCGUGACUCUGAUCGAGACCACAAUGAUCGCACCAUCCAAGGGCCGCCGGGACCACCUGGCCCCCCGGGUCGACCCGGAUACAGCCGGCUGUUUGGUUCCAAUUCAAACAUCACAGAUAUAGUGGAAUACAUUAAAACACAGGGAGCCAUUGUGGGGCAGCCUGGGAGACCAGGACACAAAGGAGACACAGGAUACCCAGGGCCCAAAGGAGAGAGAGGUGAACAAGGCCGUCCUGGGCUGCAAGGACUCAAGGGACAGAAAGGAGAAUCAUCUGUGAGGAACAGGAGGAGGCGAGAUGCUGCAGACUGACACAGUUCCUGACAUGGAGUCACUGAGACACAAGCUUUGAUUUCUAUAUUUCUGACUGCGCUGUGAUUCAUGAGUAACAGCUGGUUCCAC